AUGCUGCCUGAAGAAAAGUACGGAGCUGCCAUCAGAUACAUAGAGGACCACGCUUCCAUCCCCGCACCCUUUAUCGUACGCUGGGGUACCAAGGAUGAAAGCCUGUUGCAUCUGGGGCUCUUCAUUAUCACGGAUUACAUAGACCGUGCGAUGGAUUUGGGUGAGGGCCUUGACACGUCUGUCCUGGAUCUCUGA